AUGCCUCUGUCCUCCGUGGCGGUCGGCCUCGCCCGUGUCGGCUCCUGGAUCGUGUCUGACAAGGCCUGGGGCAUCGUGGAGAGCACCCUCGGCAACGCGACCGAGUGUGCGGUCGCGUACGGCUUGGUCGGUUCGCUGAAGUGGGGAGCGGCUCUGCUCUCCAUUGCAUCGUUCCUCGUCGGGGUGUUCAUUGGACGACAGCGGUUCGACAUCCAGUGGCGCGGUGGCGAGAGCAUGCAAGCUCGCGUCGCCAUCGCGCCGUGCACGCCGACCGACUAUCAGGAAGUGACGAGUUUAGCUCCGAGCGAGAAAGCCGAGGAGGACGGGAGGUUGUGGUAUAUGGCGACGCCCGACGGAGACGUCUACCCUCACGAGCUGACGGUCCAGGCGCUGCGCAUCAUCGUGCCAUACGACAUGAGGGAUCGGAGGCAGCUGCUCAACAGAGAAGGGGCCAACCCGGUGGGCGUCGGCACGUACGGCAGGGACUGGGUCAUGAGCCCCGCGGCCUUCGCGCUGCAGUUGCGGUUCGUCUUGGGGCAAUCGCUCGACGAGGUGCUGGAGACGGCGGUGGUGUCGGCUGGAGCCCCCGAGGAGCCCGAGGCGGAGGCGAGGCCAGCGGCGGCGAGACCGCCUUCAGGAUCGGCCUUGGCCUCGGCGGAGAUUCCGACUGAGUGGGGCCUCGGCCGCGGACGCCUCCCUGACCCCUCGCCGUCGCGUUGGCGCUGCAUCGCCUCGAGCGACGGUGGGGGGAAGGGCCUGCUGCCCGACGAGGAUCUCGACGCCUUCGUGCUCGCGUCGGGGUUCGGCAUGGCGAUGAAGGGGGGCCGCACGAUGUUGGUGCGGGCUCUCCCUCCUGACGGCGGCGACGAGCUCGACGCGCGCGUGCUCGCGCUGCGGGCCAACGCCACGGAGCGUUUCCUCGGGAUGCGUGAGGCCGUGGCGGAGCUCACCGAGACGCACUGGGAUUUCUUCCCGAUCAGUGGGCCCCGCACCGUGAAGUGGGUGUGUGAGUUCGUGCGAGAGAAUGACGUGACAUUCAGAUCUCGGCACGCCAAGUUCAAGGCCGAGACGGGGCUGUCAUCCUCGGACCAGGACGUCUCCGUCCACGAGCUCUGCUGCCGCAUCAUGCACCUGCUGCUGACGUACGACCAGCUCAAUGGCAGCGAGCUGUCGUGUGCGGAGCUGGUGUGCCGCCGACUCCAGAUGGCCGAGUACCGCCAUCGCGAGAGGGUUCUCACGACGUCCCGAGGUGACGAGCUGCUCGAGGACUCGCACCUGUACCUCGGGACGGGCGAGACCCGCGGGCUGGUCUGCAUCUCGCCGAAGCUGCUCACGUUCGUGACGGACGAGCUCCACAAGGAGAGCCUCGUCCUCAAGGAGCGGCGGAAGCUGAAGGAGGAGCGGAUGGCCUCGCGGGGGGAUGACGCACACGGUGGUGGCGGCGGCGGUGACGGCAGGGCGCGUCUCUCAGGGAUGCAGAGCACCGUCGAUCGGCAGAAGUCGGAGAUCGAGAAGUUGAAGAAGCAGUUGCAGCUGGCCGUCGAGCUGUGGACCUGUGAGGUCGUCGCGGCGCUCAACUUCCUCAACGGGCGCCUGGGCGGCGACGGGUUCGACAAGCUAUCGGCGGCGCAGCUCACUGGCAUCGAGUCGCUCUACGGCCACCUGUUGGAGUUCGGGCCUCCUGAUGUCAGUCCCACGGCGGCCUACACUGAGCUGCGUGGUUGUUCUCCUGGGUACGACAUGUCCCCAGCGAAAGCGGUUCUGUUCACCGAAGGGAGCGUCGCGGUGCCUUCGGACUCCAGGAAGUGCGAGCCCGCCUACCUGUUGUCGGAGUCCGUGCGCGACUUGUGGCAGGACUGGGAGAAGCAUCUCUUGCGCCCUCGUAAGGAGUGGCUUGCCAAUGUACCACCUCACUUCGACGCCAGGUUGAAGAGCUCGCCGAAGCUCUACGCCAGUUUUUUGCACGAUUUGUUCAAUGCGGGCAUGAUCGAAUUCACCAGCGAGCGCAAGCACACGCUCGCGCCGUUCUUCGUCGCCAAGCGGGACGGGAGCGGCCAGCAGCGGAUGGUUCUGGACACCCGGCGUGUCAAUCGUAUGUUUUAUGACCCCGACGUCGCCGAGCUGCCGACGGCAGGCAGCUGGCAGAGCCUACGGCUCGGGGCCGACAGCAGCCUCUUCCUCGGUCAGUGUGACAUCGAGGCAGCCUUCUAUCGCUUCCUUGCACCGCCUGGUCUGAGCGAGCUGAUGGUUCUUCCGAGUAUCGAUCGCGGUGCUCUUGCCAACGUGCUGCCGAGCGGCACUCUCGACGGCAUCGUCGGCCGCAGGUGUUCGCCUUGUCUGAAGGUGCUGCCCAUGGGCUGGAACUGGAGCUUGUUCUUCUGCCAGCACGCCGUUGAGGGUAUGCUGAGGACGGUAGGCAUCGGUGACCACAGACUCGUUCACGAGAGGAAGGUGAUUCCCGACCUCGAGGGCGAGACCGUCGCCGCCGCCUACGUCGACGGCGUCGCCGUGAUCGGCUCCAAGUACGACGAGGUCGUCUCUCAGCUGGAGACGGUGUACGGCGCUUUCAACACGGCGGGCCUCAAGUGCAAGGAGAUGGAGCUGCCGAGCGAGCACCAGAAGUUCACAGGUCUGAUCUUUGACAGAGAGUCUGGAAGGAUAUCGCUGGGCCGAUCGCGGAUGUGGAAGAUCCGCCAGGCGCUGCUGUGCCAGGCAUCCCAGCGUUACGCCACGGGAAAGGAGCUGGCCAGCCUGGUCGGACACUUCAACUGGGCGGCCCUUCUCCGCCGACCACUCCUGUGCAUCUUCCAGUCGACGUAUCGGUUCAUCAAGAAGGCGGGUGACAGCCGCUGGAGGAUAUGGCCCGAGGUGAUUCGCGAGCUGCGAGUCGCCGCCGCUCUCGCGCCCUUCGCCUACUACGAUGCGAAGCGGCCCGUGGACUCGACGGUCUACUCCACCGACGCUAGCACGGGCGACCUCGACCCCGCGGGCAGCUUGCAUGGCGGCUACGGGGUCACCAAGCGGGAGCUCGGCCAGCAGCUGGUGUUGGAGACAGCUCGGGUUCGCGAGCGGUGGCGGUACCACGUGGAGGGGGCCCUGCACGCUCGGGAGUUCGCCUUUGCCGCUCGCGACACCUCGGAGGCUCCAUUCGACGGGAUGUCCUUUGCCACUGUGAGCUCGGACGUCGUCUUCCCGAUGGAGACCUGGCGGAACGUGACCUUCGGCCGCUGGUGCCGCGAGGAGAACAUCCUGAGGCUCGAGGGGCGUGCCCUCGCGCUGGGCGUGCGCCACAAGAUGCGCGCCCUGCGGUCUCGGGGUCAUCUUCACCUCAUGCUUAAUGAUAACCUUUCUCUGGUACUGGGAGUGGAAAAAGGUCGGUCCGCAUCCCCUUUGAUCAAUCAGACCUGCAGAGAGUUGUGCAGCUACAGCGUCAUUCACGACAUGUCCGUAGCCGUGAGAUGGCUACCUUCGGAGUGGAACACCUCAGACAAAGGCUCACGCACCGUGACGGGCCAGCCGACUCCCUUUGCAACCGACCCGCGGAAUGUUGGCACGGCCUGGGCUAGCCUCGCUCGGGCGGCCGCUGACGAGAAGGCAAAUCGGGCGAAGCUCAGAGUCAUGAAGUUCGGCGGAGCCAACUGCGACCCUCGGCAUGGGCUGACCUUCUUGCAGAGGCACAAGGUGCGGGAGGCCACCAUCCGCAGCUUCGACAACCACGUGACCAGCUUCCUGGCCUGGGCCGCCGCGCCGUCGCUGGACGACAUCACGGCGGACCGCCUGGACGUCCUCCUGGCGGCCUACUUGGACAAGCUGUUCUGGGAGGGGGAGCUGGCGGAGACGGGCUCGCGGCUGCUGGCGUCCGUGCAAUACAGGCUGCCGCGCGUGCCGCGACCGAGGCACGGCGGCCUUCCGCUGGCGCGGGCCGCGCUCUCUGGCUUUCGAGUGCACUCGAGGAGCACCCCGAUGACGCCCGUCGGGAAGCCGAUCGUCUGGGCGUUGAUCGGGAUCGCCGCGCUCGAGGGGGACUUCGAGUGGGCGGGGGCGGUCGCGCUCGCAUGGGACGCGAUGAUCCGCCUCCCGAGCGACCUCGUCGGCAUGACGGUCGACACGCUGGUGGGCCCAGGCCGCGACGCGGAGCCCCGCUGGGCGCUGUUGCUGCACCCGAUCGAGGGAUCAGCCUGCAGCAAGUCGCUCGCGCAGGACGAGGGCGUACUGCUGCGGAGCGCGGCCUGGCGUGGCGGAGGCGGGAGCUUCCUGAAGCUGCUCCGCGCGGCACGGCCCGUUGGGUCGCCCCUGUGGUCGUUCAGCGCAGCGACCUUCGGCGCCGAGUUCCGACGACGGCUGUCGCUGGUCCCAGGCGCGCCCGACAUGAUCCCGUACCAGAUGCGGCACUCUGCGGCGUCGCACGCCACGGCGGUCGAGGGCAUGCCCCUGGCCGAGCUGCAGGCGCGUCUGCGCCACACGAGUGCGCAGAGCACGGCUCGGUACUCACGGCACGUGCGCUACCUCGCGGAGCUCGAGAAGGUCGACGCCGGGGUGUCGGAGUGGGCCCAGGAGGUCGAGGACAGCAUAGGCCAGAUCCUCGGCCAGCAGCGGCGGCCACGGCUUCCUCGCUUUCUCAAGGUGGAGGCGCUGGCGUUCGACAGGCUUGCGGAAGGGUUCCUCAGCAGACUCUUUCUAGGCAUGAAGCGGCCAGAUGCCAGGUAG